GAACUGAAUGUGAUAAGAUGAGUUGAUAUGAAGAAGCCAGUUUUUUGCUGAAUGAAUCAGUUGGGGAUCUUUGGUGACAUUCAAAAGAUGGUCAAGACAGGGAUGUAUUUUAUUUUUGCUUUCUUUGUGUUGGCUUCUGUUUCUCAAGCAUAUGUGGAACAAUUAUUUGAAAAUGAGAGGGACCGCGAGAAAAUUCCGCACAAGCUACGAACUGGACCAAUGGAUCAGUUACAAGCCGUUCGACGCUGCCGGCGUUUUAAGGACAACGAAAAAUUAUGUAGCUCCAGAGAAGGAAUUUCUUUUUGUGAAAUACGAGGCUUCGGAAGACGACAGCCUGACGGUUUUGGCGGAAACCUUAGAUCCCUUAUCGCUGGAAAUGACUUUUUCUGCGAUUUUCACGUGCAAAAUCGGAUCAAGUGCCAAAUUCUUUGCACGAGCUGUGAACCACGAUCACGAAGAGUUCAGAACAUAUGAAGACACAAAAACGGCGUUGUUGAACGGCAGAACGUUACGGACAAAAACAAACAUCACAAGUGGACCUUUGCCUGGGCUGGAAACUUUCGGGGAUAUUCUUGCCAAUUUGCAAAGUGGUCAGCAACAAGAGUUUGUCAUUGAUGCUGAGGAUUGUGCCUGGGAAAUUUUGCCUGAUGAUGGCUUCGAACUGCAACCUCUAAAAUUCGGCACAAAAGUCGGCUACUGGGACAUUGCCUAUGACUCGGACAGCAAGCGAACUGAACUGAAAAACUAUAGAGAACUUCUGGAAGCUGCUUUGGCAGGACGAAGAGUGAAUUUUGAAAUAUUACUUGGGGGUUGCAAUGGGCCUGAGAGCAGUGCUUAUUUCGGAGGAACGAUUCACGACUUCUACCUCGAGGAGUCGGAAGAAAUGUUGCUGGCCAGGAUCACAGAUGAGCGAGUGUACGAUAAUCCUUCAGGAGCAUUUCUGAGAAGUGCACCUUUCAUAGCUGCACAUGAAGAUGACACAGUUUCAAUUGUCAUCAGAGCAUAUCUUGAAGAUACCUGGGAAGAUGUUUUCGGUGGAGAAGCCCGAUGGACUUGUUACAUCAAUUAG